CUCCAUCAGGGACAGUGCUGCCCCAACUGCCACAUCCACUGUCUGCUGCAAGGAUCCCUGCCCAGGCCUUGCGGAGAGAAUCUCAUUUCUCCACCUGGUAGCUACACAGAGGCCACAGAGAAAAAAGCCUAUUUAAUGUUCUUCUACCUGUUGUGACUUUUAAAAUCACUUUUCCUCUCAGGCCCCCGUUUCUUUGUCUGUCAAAUGUACGCCCUCAGGCACUUUCUCACUGGGGUCAGGUUUUGAUUUCCUUGUUGUCACACCCUAUUUAUGUCUGAGGGUCUCAGUCCCAGAGUGGUGCAAGCUGGGCCACGAUGCGUGUCCCCAUCUGGGCUCCGCUACUUAGAGCUGUGGGUGUUGGAGGAAGCCACUCGUUUCCAUUUUAUUUUCCCACCUGUCAAACGGAAUAUUAAUAAUACCUGCACAAGCUAGACUGCACCUGGUUAUUGCACGGUUCCCACGAGAUCAUACAUGGAAAAGGGCUUUGUAAAAAGCAAAGUCAUGUCCGAGUAGGGGGCAUUAUCAUUAACUGGCAGCUGGAAGCUAUAAUUUGGCUCUGCCCUCUCAUGCCAGCUGCUCCUCCAGACGUUAGAAGCUGCUCUUUUAUGGGAUACCUUAUGUCUUGACUGUGGCCUCCGUUCUGAGGAGGUGGGAUCAAUCGGGGCCCGAUGUCUUCUUCCUUUGCCUCUGGUCACUCGUGAUAUAACCCAGGCCACAUAGUCAGGCGGACUCUGGGAAAACUGUUAGUGAGGGCAGCUCCCGGAUUCGGCCCCUUUGACUGUUGCCUCCAGCCCUGAAACCCUCGCCCAGGGCCGCCCCGCCGCAGGCUCCUGCGCUCAUCCCACGUCACCCAGGGAAAGGCCAGCGCCUCCAUCCGACCUUCUUUCUGGUCGCUGUGGGCGGUUUGUGGGCCUGGCCUUGGGAUUAGGGAAAUAGGGAUGGUGCUAUAACGGCCGAAUGUGGGCCUCGGGAAAUCCUGAAACGGGAAAUGUCUGGGUCGGCGGAUCUAGGGGCUUGGGGAGGCCCGCCCGUGGGAUAUUCAGGACCCGGAACCAGCCCCCGCACAGUCGCCGCUCCGGCCUGGGCGGGCGCAGCGCUCGCAGCCCCUUUUUCCGCCAGCCGGGCUGCCGGCGAGUUAGACCUCCCAGCCUCACGGGGCUGCUGUGCGGCUGCGGCGACGCCGGCGACUGCGGCGCUGCGGCGGAGACGGAGGGCUGGGGAGGCGGCGCCAUGGACUGGUGAUUGCAGCUGAAGUGCCCAUGACUGAGCUGGCGUCCUCCGGGGGCGGGUCCCCUGCCGGGGACGGGGAGGAGGGUCUAGGGGACGAGCGAGGCCUGGUCAUCCAUCACCCGGCGGAGGAGCAGCCCUACAGCUGCCCGCUGUGCGGCCAGACCUUCUCGCAGCAACCCAGCCUAGUGCGGCACCAGAAGGCGCACGCCGGAGCGGGCCGCGCUGCCGCCUUCGUGUGCCCCGAGUGCGGGAAGGCCUUCAGCGUCAAGCACAACCUCGAGGUGCACCAGCGCACGCACACCGGAGAGAGGCCCUUCCCCUGCCCCGAGUGCGGCCGCUGCUUCAGCCUCAAGCAGAACCUGCUCACGCACCAGCGCAUCCACAGCGGCGAGAAGCCGCACCAGUGCGCCCAGUGCGGCCGCUGCUUCCGUGAGCCGCGCUUCCUGCUCAACCACCAGCGCACCCACGCGCGCAUGCCCGCGCCGCACCCACGCCGCCCCGGCGUCUUCGGGGAGCGGCGGCCCUACUUCUGCCCCCGCUGCGGCAAGAGCUUCGCGCGCGAGGGCUCGCUCAAGACCCACCAGCGCAGCCACGGCCACGGGCCGGAGGGCCAGACCGCCCACUUAGGCCGCGUGCUAUGAUGCGCCCAGGGCCUGCUGCCGACGGCUGCUUCCUGUCCUGCACCUGCCUCCCCGACCCCUGGAGAUGGCCCUGGGCUGCAGCCCCCUCUCUGGAUGGGAUCCUGGCCGAGGGGCAGGGCUGGCUUGGGCUCUUGAAGGUGUGGGCCACCCCCGGGCUCCGGCCACCCCCUUGCGUUCCUCCCUUGGGACCCUCCAGCUGGCUGCACUCAGCUGCUUCGGGCUCCUGCCAUGGUUCUCCUUCCCUGGCCCAUCCGGCUUAGAGCAGAUGCAGAGUGGGAGGAUCUUAUGACCGAUAGGUGCAGGGCCCAUCUGGACAUGGAGACCAGGAAUGGGGUUCCACGGGGGCCUGGCUGGCACUGCACCCCGGCAUGAGGACACAACCACUACGAAGACCUUCCUGGAGAGAUGCGCUGUGGUGACCAGUGGAGGUGACUGGUUGGAGCCUGGAAUUGGAGGCAGAUCACAAGCUCUGGUGGACAAACUCCCCAGGCCUGGUGGGGGCCACAGCUGGGGCAGAUCUCAUCCUGGCUGCCUGGACACAGGCUACUCUCUGCCACUGGUGGUAGUUCGAUGCCUGUGUGGAGAGCUGGCUUCUCUGCUCCUGCCUGGCCCACCACUUGGCUAGAGUUCAGAGACAGGAAGUGACUGGUCUAAGCUGACACAGCAAGUUCGUGGCAGACCUGGUUCUAGAGGCAAAACCUUCUGCCAGAUGUAAAUGAAACCUGCAGCUUCCUUUUUCUUUCUGAGCAGGGCUUCUUAGCACUCUGGGGACACGAAGCCCUUGGAAAAUCUGAUGAAGGUUUUGGACCUUUUCUAGGAAAACAGACAAGUCACGUAGACUCAAAAACCCUAAGCAAUUUCAGGAGCCACUGGACUCCCUGAAUGAAACCCACCCCUGGACUCCAGGCUAAGACCCUCAGCCCCCGGGGCUUCACCUGCUGCCUGUUCGUUACCUGUCACACAUUGAGCCCUGAGUCAAGGCCACUGUACAGGUAGUGCCCCUCCCUCCCCUGGCCAAGCCUCCUUCCCUUGUUCAGGAAUAAAGAAUUCCAAGGAGGGGACCUUUUUAGUCAGUCCCUUCUCCUAGACCUAGCGAGCGAUGCAUUAGGUUUCUGGAACCUCAUUUCCCUUCCAUAGACGUUGGCAUAGGUCCCCUCGGCUAGAUUUUUUUCUCUGAUUUUGUGUUUCUUGUUCUGCCUGACUAGUCACUGGCUUCCACAAAGGAGCCCUUUGCUCCUUGCUGGGCUCUGAUUUCACUGUGUGGUCUCAGGGGAAGCUGGACUGCUGUGGACACCUGUGGGAGCUUGAGUUUGGUCUGAGUCUGUCCCAGGGAGAAAGAAUCCUGCUUCCACCAACCAAGCCCAGUCAGCGGUGCCUCCCAACUAGCCAAGUGUUCAGCCCAGCGGGCUGGGGAGGAAGAGGAUGAGGGCCUUGCUGCUGGUCGCUGUAGCUCUGGGCAGGGUGAGAGGUCAGUGGAGGAGCUUUCUGUGUGUUCUCUGAGUGUGCAGCAGUGCAGUUGAAGGGAGCAGGGCCCAGGCUGGGAGCAGGGCAAGGACUCCUCCCAUCUUCACACCUGAACCAGUCAGCCUGGAAUCCACGGUUCUUUUUUUUUUUUUUUUUGAGAUGGAGUUAUGCUCUUGUUGCCCAGGCUGGAGUGCAAUGGCGCGAUCUCAGCUCACCACAACCUCUGCCUCCUGGGGAACCCACAAGCUCUCACCUGCUUCCCCAAAAAAGGCGAAACUGACCAGGGCUGGGGUGGGUUUGGGUCAGGGUGGUUGGAGGGCAGCCUGUGGAUUCCUGCCCUGGAGUCUUGCUGUCUUCGAUGCACUUUGGGUCAUAUGUUCUUACCUCCUACUGCAUGCCUCGCCCUGGGAUAGUGCAAGGCUUAGGGGGCAUCCGAAGAGGAGAAGGUACUCCCAGCCCCAGCAGCUUCCACUCUGGUUCUGAUCCUUGGCCAACCUAGAGGAAACCUCCACACACCCCUUCUCUGCUAAUGGUGCAGUUUGUGUCCCCCUCUGCCCGUCACUGUGCUGCGCUCGUUCCUGCCUCUGUGCCUUCCCUAUAUUGCUCUGACAUGGCCCCUUUCCCCUCCUCUACUCCGCUAAGCCCUUCUGAUCCACAGGGCCUGGCUUCCCCAAACCACCCAGCCCACAUUCCUCCUUCCCUGUGGAAUAGGUCCUAUGUGAGCUCCCACCCCCAACUGUGUGUUGCGCCACUGGACGCUCCAGUCUCUGUGUGUGUCUUGAGUCCCCAACGAGACAGUGAGCUCCCUGAGGGCAAGGGACUGUCAUUUCCUCUUGAGCCCUAUCAAAGCCUAGCACAUGGCUGGGCUCCUAAGUCUCAGGAAACACUUGUCAGCUGACUAGUGCCUCAAGCACUGGAGCUCGUGGGGUGGACAGUAAUGGGCAGUGCGUGUGGUGAGGGGCUGUGUGAGCUCACUCAAGGGUGCCUUUCACUGGGCUGUGGGCUGGCUCCCCUGAGUCAAAAGUGGAUGUCGGAGGCCUCAAGCUCUUACCUCCUUGGGGCGGUGGGAGCAGCAGGGACCCCCUGGUCUGCAGGACUGCACGGAAGUGGUUGUCCAGACUGGAUGUUUCUACAGGUUGUUGACACCUGCGGGAGCUGACCGAGUUGAAUAAAUGUUCCCGACAUCA